AUGGCCGCCCAGUCGACCCUCCGGCGCCCGGAGGAUCCCCUCCUGGCACUCUACUUACACUACUCAGAGAUAGUCCGAUCCCGAGUGAAACGGACUUCGCGAACGACUCGGCUGGUCGCGAUCGUUGCGCUGCUAUUGUCGAUCGUCGGUUCGGGGUAUGGAGGAUACAGGUGGUUCCGCGAGCGGGCCAAGGAUCGCGCCCAGGGCCGUCGGUUACUUCGUCGAAACUCCGGCAUCAGAGGCAAAGAUGGAUCCCGUACUAUCUAUGUUCCCUACAAGGGAUCGCGAACCUCGAAGGUCUUGAUCCAUCCGACAAAACCGACCACCUUCGAUGCCCACCGGCGAUUGUUCUUGAAUCCCCCCGCAUCGGCUCGGAGCAUCGAAGAGGGCUCGGCAAAUCAGAUCCCUCCACCGACAACCAAACCGGGCCUGAACCUAGCCUUUCUGCAUCAAUUUUUGAGUCUGGGAAGCAUCAUGGUACCAAGAUGGGGCAGCAAGGAAACCGGAUUGCUGAUGAGCCACGGCCUUUUCCUUCUGCUGAGAACAUACCUCUCCCUGCUGAUUGCGCGGCUAGAUGGUGAGAUCGUCAGGGACCUGGUCGCAGGGAGAGGAAAAGCCUUCCUCUGGGGCAUCGUGAAGUGGUGUGGCAUCGGUACUCUCGCCUCGUACACAAAUGCUAUGAUUAAGUUCCUGCAGUCCAAGGUGUCGAUCGCUUUCCGGACCCGCUUGACGAGAUAUAUCCAUGACCUUUACUUGACCGAUAACAAUAAUUACUACAAGUUGAUGAACCUGGAUGGCGGCAUCGGUCAUGGCCCCGAUCAGUUCAUCACGCAGGACCUCACUCUCUUCUGCACGGCCGCAGCGUCGCUGUACUCGUCGAUGGGCAAGCCCAUGGUGGACCUGUUUGUGUUCAAUUACCAACUCUACCGCUCUCUUGGCCCUCUUGCGCUGAGUGGAAUCCUCGCCGGGUAUCUCAGUACGGCGGUGGUGCUCCGGAAGUUGUCCCCGCCAUUUGGGAAGCUCAAGGCCGUCGAGGGCAAGAAGGAAGGCGACUUCCGGGGCCUACACGCGAGACUUCUGGCAAAUGCCGAGGAGAUUUCUUUUUACGGCGGAGCCGAUAUUGAGCGCGUGUUCCUUGUCCGAAGCUUCAAGGACUUGCAGCGGUGGAUGGAGGGGAUCUACAGCCUCAGGAUUCGCUACAACAUGCUCGAGGACAUGAUCUUGAAGUACUCCUGGUCGGCGUUUGGCUACCUUGUGACCUCCUUGCCCGUCUUCCUUCCCGCCUGGGGCGGCUUGGGUGGUACGAUGGAGCUCGCCGAUGCACCAGAGGGAGUGGGCCGUGAACGAGGCAGAAUGAAGGAGUUCAUCACCAACAAGCGGCUGAUGCUCUCGCUGGCUGAUGCAGGUGGUCGCAUGAUGUACAGCAUCAAGGAUAUCUCAGAGCUGGCAGGCUACACCUCGCGAAUUUACACUUUGAUCUCCACCCUGCACCGAGUCCACGCCAGCGCCUACUACCCGCCGCGUGGCUCGCACCCUGAGCUGUACUCCCUUGCCGAUGCCCAGGGCACCACCCACAAUGGCUUCGAUGGAGUCCGCCUGGAGCAGGUCCCCAUCGUGGCGCCAUCCCUCUACCCGAUGGGCGGCGAUGAGUUGAUUGAGUCAUUGUCAUUCAUCGUUCAUUCGGGCGACCACCUCCUCAUCUCAGGCCCCAACGGCGUUGGCAAGUCUGCAAUCCCCCGCAUUGUGGCUGGCCUGUGGCCCGUCUAUCGCGGCCUGGUCAGCCGACCCAGGCCUGUGGGACUCGACGGCAUCAUGUUCCUCCCUCAGCGGCCCUACCUGAGCGUGGGCACUCUGCGCGACCAAGUCAUCUACCCUCACACCGAGAUCGACAUGCGCGAGGCUGGUGAGUCCGAUGCAAACUUGCAGAAGAUCCUCGAUGCCGCGCAUCUGGGCUACCUGCCUCAACGUGAAGGUGGCUGGGAUGCUCGCAAGGAGUGGAAGGAUGUUUUGAGUGGUGGAGAGAAGCAGCGUAUGGCGAUGGCCCGCUUGUUCUACCACGAGCCUCGUUACGCAUUCGUCGAUGAAGGAACAUCGGCCGUCUCGUCCGAUGUGGAGGGCUUGCUGUAUGAGCGAGCCAAGGAGCGUGGUAUUACUCUCAUCACGAUCUCAACCCGCGCAUCUCUGAAGAAGUACCACACUUACAAUAUGACUCUCGGCCUCGGCGAAGAAGGUGAGCGGUGGGAGUUUGAGAGGAUCGGCACGGAGAAGGAGAAACUCGGCGUCGAAAAGGAGCUCCAGGAGCUGCAUAAGCGUCUAGACAAGGUCGAGGGGUGGAAGAAGCGCCGGGAGGAGAUUGAAAGUGAACUUUGCAAGGUUUGGGCCCAUGGCAGAGAGAUCGCGCCCCCUCCUUACCAAGAAGAGGAGGAGAAACUAGCGUCAGAGAACGACGUAGAGGCGCCUGUCGAAGCCACCGUCUGA